GCUGCUCUACAACCAGAGGAAACGAGGCUCACCUCAUCCUCCUCGCUCCAUCCGAAGCGCGCGCUCCACACGCGAUUCUCCGGCACAACACACUCGCCGCUUUUGCUCCGGGCGCUGCUGCAGUCGCGCUGCCUGCUUCUCUCCCGAGCUGACAUCGAGCGCAAGCGAGCAAGCGGGCGAGCAAUUGUCUUCGAAGAAAUCAGAGCGGAGAAAAUGGCCGCGGUGAGUAUGGCAGUCGGAUCCCUGGCCACGCAGGCCUGCUGCGCAGCCGGCACGAGCUCAAUCUGGGGCAGCAAGCGCAGCCUGUCGACUCAGUCUUCCAAGGCUGGCUCCUUCGUCUCCAGGGCUGCUGUUCCCAAGAUCACCGCCACUUCCAGGGUGGACAAAUUCUCCAAGGACGACAUCAUCGUGUCCCCGUCCAUUCUGUCUGCCAACUUUGCCAGACUGGGAGAACAGAUCAAAGCUGUCGAUGACGCAGGCUGCGAUUGGAUUCACGUGGAUGUUAUGGACGGUAGGUUCGUUCCUAACAUCACAAUUGGACCCCUUGUCGUCGAUGCCAUCCGCCCCACGACCGAACUGCCCCUCGACGUUCAUCUGAUGAUUGUGGAACCAGAGCAGAGAGUCGCCGACUUCAUCAAAGCCGGUGCUGACAUCGUCAGUGUACACGCCGAGGUCGCAGCAACCAUUCACUUGCACAGGACGAUCAACCUGAUCAAGAGUUUGGGAGCGAAGGCCGGAGUGGUUUUGAACCCUGGUACCCCUCUGUCAGCCAUCGAAUACGUCCUGGAAGAGGUUGACCUCGUUCUAAUCAUGUCUGUCAACCCCGGAUUCGGUGGACAAAGCUUCAUCGAAAGCCAAGUGAAGAAGAUCAGGGAUCUCAGAAAGAUAUGUCAAGAAAAGGGAAUCAACCCAUGGAUUGAGGUCGACGGCGGAGUCACCCCCGCCAACGCUUGGAAGGUCAUCGAGGCUGGUGCUAACGCAUUGGUUGCUGGUUCUGCUGUCUACGGUGCCAAGAGCUACGCAGAUGCUAUCAAGGGAAUCAAGACUAGCAAAAGGCCAAUGGCCGUCGCAGCUUAGGCAGCUAAGUUCCUGCCUGCAUAGCAAUUUUGUGUUGCCUCUAUAAGUUAGAAGAGGGGAGUACCACCUCGCAAAGGAUACCUUUCUUGGAAGUGAUUUUUUCUAUCAAUGCUGCUAAAGGAGGAUUCCGAGGGAGAACUCAGUGGGCUUCGUGAAGAGAGGAGAUCGGGGGAAAGCUUCUGCAAAUUCACUCUCCAUAGCAGUGUGUGUACAUUAAUUUUGCAAACUUAUACCAUAUGCACAUUCUUCUGUGUAAUAUUCAAGUGCAACGCCGACAUUGUAAGACUAGCCUCUGGAUUCCCAAAUCUGAAGCACUUUUGACUCACAACCAUUAAAAGGAGAUUGCUGAGACCUACGGCAAAUCGGUGUUUCCAAA